UCUUUGAGCGUGAAAUAAUUCCAAAUUGUGUAAACAAAACGCAUGCAACAUAUUUGCGGAAAAUUUUUAGUUACAAUUUAUAUUAAAAAUUAAGUGAUUUUACCUUAAUCUUUCAAAGUUGUGAUCUAUGAAGUGUCUAGGUGCACAAAAUACACAGUUUACUUCAGCGAGUCGGGUACAAAAGCUCAUUGUUAAACAACUGAGCGGCACCAUCGCAACUUGUAAAGAAACCGGUCUUAGGGCAAUGGUAAUGUUCAACUGCCGUCAGCAGAAUAAUGGCUUUUCACUGGACCGACAACAUCCAUACCACAGCUUUAACGCCACGAGACUACCAGGUGGAGCUUUUGGCCGCUGCUCGAGAGCGCAACGUUAUCCUAUGCCUCGCUCACAAUUCCUCCAAAGAAUUUAUUGCCCUUAAGUUGAUUCACGAGCUUGGAUUUCAGUUGCGAAGCUCUGAAAACCGUAAGCGAACGGUUUACAUCACCAGCAACAGUUCCAUAUUUAAUCUUAUCUACAACUUAACGGAUCUGAAAGUGAUCCUCGUGGACGAUGGACCACAGGAUGAGGAGCUCGAUUGGGAUCAAAUAAUAGAGGAUUACGAAGUUAUCAUUACUAGCGGCCAGCGUUGUUUGGAUGCGUUGGUUUGUGGUUAUCUGGAUCUGGAUGAGGUCAAUCUUCUAGUUAUUGAUGAAUGUCAUAAAAUCUACGGAAGUGUUGAAAUCUCUGACUUAUUUAGCGAAUAUUACAAAGCCUGUAAUGUUAAGCCAAAAAUACUAGGUCUGGCUGGUCCGCUCCAUAAUGCUGGAUGUGCUCCUGGGCUCUUGAGUGCAGAGCUAGAACAACUAGAGCAUUGUUUGCAUUGUAAGGCUGAGUCUGCUAGCGAUAUUGUUACAGUUCUAAGAUAUUGCACAAAACCAAAAGAAAUUAUUCUACAGUGCGCUCCUUCUAAACCCUCAGAAUUGAUUCAGCAUCUGAAACAACUAGUCCUUACUCAAAUUUCGUUCAUUAAAGAUCAUCGCUAUGAUCCUUCUGAAAUUUACGAAGACGAUGAAUUUCUCGAAGAAUUAAAAAACAUCCCCGAUCCAAAAACUGAUCCGCUAAAAUAUCUUGGCAACUUUCUGGCUGUAUUAGACGAAAUGGGUCCCUGGUGUGCUGAUCGUGCUGCGCUAGCCUUGAUCAUACAAAUAGAAAAACAAAAAAUCAAAACGCCCUACGAGCGACAUUUCCUUUUGUUGUGUCUCGUUUCUACCGUUCUUGUUCAGAUUCGUUCCUUUUGCGAUAACAUUUUUCAAAAGUAUGCAACGGAAAAAGAAAAAAUAGAGGCUCAUUCUUCGCCGAAAGUAUUAAGAAUUUUAGAAUUAUUCCGCUUGUUUCGACCGGAAGAACACAAAACAAAGGACAAUCGAAGGCGAUCAGUGGUAGCAACGCCCAAUUAUAAUAUAGAGUAUCCAGCGUGCCAAUUAGAAUCUUGCCAAACUUUGCUGCACGAAAUUAAGUCAGUAGAUUUUAAAAAGCUUAGUGAAGAUGUUAACCAAGUCAGCAAACACAUCGAUACUAUCUCGGAAAGAAUUGAACACUUGAAAACUUCCGUACACAAAAUUUCAGAGGCUCCCAGCAAACCGGAAGAAUCACCAGUAAAGCCGGGAAAGCAUUUGAAAUCGCCUUCGAAAAACGGCUUCCGUCACAUGCGUCAUCGAAAAAAGGCUGGUUUCGGCAAUCGUCAAAAUCGAUCGAACAAUAACCAAAACGAUCCUGACGCACUAUGCGCGUUGAUCUUCUGUGAUUCUAAGUUCACUACAAAGAUACUAUAUAGUUUGUUUUAUGAGAGUAUACGUUCGGACCCUUUACUAUCGUACAUCAAUGUCCAGUAUACGGUUGACAAAUCGGCAAAUCCGGUAACGGAGCCUAAAGAAGCCGAAGUUGAGCAUCGAAAACAGGAAGAGGUACUAAAAAGAUUUCGAAUGCAUGAGUGCAACUUAUUGAUAGGAACAUCCGUUCUAGAGGAAGGAAUCGAUCUGCCAAAGUGUAAUCUCGUUAUACGCUGGGAUGAACCAGCCAGUUAUCGAUCUUAUGUGCAAUGUAAAGGACGUGCCCGAGCUGCAUCAGCUUACCACGUACUUUUCGUUACGCCAAAAAUGAAUCUAAUGGACACAGACGAAGAACGAAAUCUGUUUAGUAGUUGUACACAUGAGCGUAUUUUGGAAGCCCCAGAAUCCACUAGUGAAGAAGGCGAUAGUGCUGAGCAAGAUUCGAAUACUAAUGAUAGUGCUGAAUGUUUCUGUCUAACUCAAACUGUUCCCAACGUAAUACCAAUGGCUCAAAAACCCUGUCUUCAAAUUAUGGAAAACAACACGAAUGAGCUGAUAGAAAAAAUCGCCAUAUACAUGGAGAUGGAGAAACUGCUUUUACAAAAAUGCGAAAAUGGGGAACCACCGGAAAAGGAACAACUGUACGCGGACGGUUUCAAUCAUUGUCUAGAAAUUUAUCGACCAUUGCCCGAAACGGAAGAAAACAGUAACUCAUUAAGCCUUGCAAAUGCCAUACAAAUGAUCAACAAAUACUGUGCCAAACUACCCAGCGAUACAUUCACCAAGCUGACACCACUAUGGCGCUGUGCAAAAACCAUACGAAAUGGCCACACGUUGUUUCAGUAUACCAUCAGACUGCCAAUCAACUCGCCUCUUAAAGAAGAUGUUUUGGGUUUACCGAUGCCAACAGAGAUCUUAGCUCGGCGCAUAGCGGCCUACAUUGCGUGUCGAGUGCUGUUUAAGGCAGGGGAGCUAGACGACACUCUUCAGCCAAUAGGUAAAGAAUCGUUUCGUGCGUUUGAAGCUGACUGGGAAGACUUUGAGUUGGAACAAAUCGAUGCACAAAUCGUCAGUGAAAACAGUGAACCCCGCCCGGGAACGACCAAACGAAGACAGUAUUACUAUAAAAGGAUUGCAUCAGCAUUUUCCGAAUGUCGGCCAACUAUUGGUUCCCAAGUCUAUCUUUACCAUAUCAACAUGACGUUGCAGUGCCCAAUACCAGAAGAGCAAAAUACUCGUGGGCGUAAAAUAUAUCCUCCAGAAGAUUCUCCCCAAGGUUUUGGCAUUCUCACAACAAAACUUAUUCCUAAAGUCAGCGCCUUUCCAAUAUUUACGCGCUCAGGGGAGGUAAAAGUAGCACUUAAUCUAUGUAGUGAGAGAACUGUUCUCAAUCAGCAGCAGUUGGAUAAAAUAAAUUUAUUUAUUAACUAUACAUUCACCAAAGUAUUACGGUUGCAAAAAUAUCUCAUGUUAUACGAUCCAGAAGCAACAGAGAAUUGUUUCUUCAUCGUUCCAACCAUAACACGAGACAACGGCACCGUAAAUGUGGAUUGGGAAUUCAUUGACGUAAUCGCCAAAAAUGUGGAUAAGAUGCCAACGUUUGUAUCAGACGAUAUCCGUAAAAGCUAUUGCUUUGAUAGCAGCAAUUUUAAGGAUGCUGUCGUCAUGCCGUGGUAUCGGAACCAAGACCAGCCGCAGUAUUUCUAUGUUGCAGAGAUAUGCUACCACCUGUCACCGAAAAGUUCCUUCCCAGGAUUGAACUAUAGUACAUUUGAGGAAUAUUAUCACAAGAAAUACAACAUUCAGAUACAGAACUGCAAGCAACCCUUACUAGACGUCGAUCAUACAAGCGCUCGUUUGAACUUUCUCACGCCAAGAUACGUUAAUCGUAAAGGUGUCGCUUUACCCACGAGUUCAGAGGAAACGAAACGUGCUAAGCGUGAAAAUCUCGAACAAAAACAGAUUCUCGUGCCAGAGCUUUGUACCAUUCAUCCGUUUUCGGCUUCACUUUGGCGCGCUGCGGUGUGCUUGCCCUGUAUAUUGUAUCGAAUCAACGCGUUGUUACUAGCUGACGAAAUUCGCAAAGAAGUGGCAAGGGAUCUUGGGCUGGGUGUGGCAAACCUUUCAAACGGGAACUUCGAGUGGCCCAUUUUGAACUUUGGCUGGAGUUUAGCAGAUGUACUGAAAAAGUCUAGAGAUGCUAAACUGUGUGCUUUGGAAGAGGUAGUGGAAGUUGUUCGUAAUGAAACAGUCGAAUGUGAGGAGAUAAAGAUGGAAAAUGAAAGCGAAACCAAAUUGGAAGAGCCUAAAGAGCCUGAACCACCGUUAGAUGGACAAGAAAAAACUGCCAACGAUUUACUGGAAGAAGCCGAGGAAAAACUUAAAGGAGACAGCUUCCAAAUUGGUACGUGGUCUAAUGAAAUGGCAGAAAGUGUACGGAUUGAUGCAAUGAGCGACGACGAAAAUUGGGGAUUGCCUUCAAAUAUAGAGAUGUGCUCGAGAAAUAAAACUAACAUACGAUACGGAUCGCCAACAUCAUGGGAUGUUAGAACGAAGGUAACAAACGGUAACGAGGCUCGGUAUUAUACUGAUUCAGAAGCUUCAUUCGGUUCGGAUGAUGAGUUUGAUAAUGGCAGCGUGGCCAAUUCCGAGGAAGAGUAUGGUUUGAAAAUUGAAUUUAAAUCUGAUAACGUUGCUGAGGCCAUUGAAUCGGAGGAUGAUAUAUUGAAACGACAGAAGCAGAGAGAUAUUUUAAACAGCAUCAAUAUUAACGAGCAGUUGUAUCAAAAUUCGAAAAACAUUGGUAGUGGCUUCGAUUGUACUAAAAGUGAAGAUUUGCAGAGUAUCGCCGAAAUGCAUGCAGCAGAGUUUGGCAAAUCAACCACUGAGUUCAAACGUCAUCUCAGAAGUUGUGGAGCUUUAGUAAAAUAUGAUGAUACUUUGAGCAUACAAAGCUUACUGAAAAGUCCUGCGAAAACUCAGGGUAUCGACAAUCAAAAUAUUCUUGAUUUGUUUCCUUAUGCAAGUCCGGAAGUCGUUGAACGUUAUAUAAAAAGCGCAAGUGAUGGAUCGAGAUAUUUGACGCUGGAUAGUUUCUAUGAAAUUAACAAACUAUAUUUUCCCGAAACGUAUGAUGUAAUGGGAACAGGAGAUAUUUUUGAUCAUUUCAAUGAUGAACAUUUGUUAAAACUUGGUUCCAGUAAUGAAAAAAGCAUAACACUGUGCAUUGAUAAUCCGUUUGUAAAUGAAGUUCCUGGAAAAUUGUCAAGAGAAAAAUCUGGUGUACAUUUGAAUGCAAUCGAAGAAUACGUCGACACAAGCGAAGUCCACGAAUUAAAUGACUUUAGCUUUGACUACCAGCCAAAUUUGGAGAAUCAUCCAGGGCCAAGUCCAAGCAUAAUUCUACAAGCGCUUACAAUGUCAAAUGCCAACGAUGGGAUCAAUUUAGAGCGGUUGGAAACUAUAGGAGAUUCAUUUUUGAAGUACGCCAUCACUACUUAUCUCUAUUGCACCUACGAGAACGUGCACGAAGGUAAGCUCAGUCACUUGCGAUCGAAACAGGUAUCGAAUCUAAAUCUCUACCGGCUCGGUCGUCGGAAAGUGUUGGGUGAGAGUAUGAUAGCGACCAAGUUUGAACCGCAUGAUAAUUGGCUGCCCCCGUGCUACUACGUGCCCAAGGAACUUGAACAGGCGCUUAUCGAUGCAAAGAUCCCUGCUUGUUACUGGAACCUAGCCGACUUACCCGACAUAAAACAACUUUCCAGUGAAGAAAUUUGUAAGCUAGUCAAAGAUCGCGCUCAAGCUCUAGAUCUGCUUGAUGAUUCAGAUAACGAAGAAGGUGAGCAGAUGAAGGAAAUUCAACAACUGGAAGUACGGAACGACGAGUUCAUCAAGAAUUCUGACUACUUUGCCUGCUUCAUUCCUUACAAUUUAGUUACACAGCAUAGCAUUCCCGAUAAAUCCGUGGCAGAUUGCGUGGAAGCUCUGAUUGGAGCAUAUCUGAUAGAAUGCGGUCCACGUGGUGCUUUACUGUUGAUGGCUUGGCUGGGUAUCAGAGUUCUUCCGGUGUCCGAAGUACCGUAUGAUCCUACUAAACCACGCAUACCAGGUAGCUCUAGUAGCUACGAGAAAGAUGGUCAGCUGUUUCAAUCGGUAUACGGCUACUGGAAUGCUCCUAAAUCACCUUUACUUACGUACGCUCCAAAUCCUAUCGCGACCCUGAAUCAUCUCUUAGACGGGUAUGAUAAAUUCGAAGCCAUUUUGGGAUACAGAUUUCGAGACCGUUCCUACCUGUUGCAAGCCAUGACUCAUGCUUCCUAUUGUCCGAAUCGUCUAACCGACUGCUAUCAACGGUUGGAAUUCCUGGGGGAUGCUGUUCUCGAUUACCUAAUAACCAGACAUCUGUACGAAGAUCCUCGCCAGCAUUCACCAGGCGCCCUGACGGAUCUGCGAUCGGCUCUGGUCAACAACACCAUAUUUGCUUCGCUGGCGGUGCGGCAUGGUUUCCACAAGUAUUUCAGGCACCUAUCCCCAGGCCUAAACGAAGUCAUUGAUAGAUUCGUACGGAUACAACAGGAAAAUGGGCACAGUAUUAGCGAGGAGUAUUAUCUAAUAUCGGAGGACGAAUGCGAUGAAGCGGAAGAUGUCGAAGUUCCAAAAGCUUUAGGCGACGUGUUUGAAUCAGUAGCUGGCGCUAUUUUCCUCGAUUCGAACAUGUCCUUGGAUGCAGUAUGGAAGGUUUACUGCAGCAUGAUGGGACCCGAAAUAGAACAGUUCAGCAAUUCUGUUCCAAAAUCUCCCAUCAGAGAACUAUUGGAACUUGAACCGGAAACGGCCAAAUUCGGCAAACCGGAAAAGCUGGCUGAUGGUCGCCGGGUCCGCGUCACGGUUGAAGUUUUCGGCAAAGGAACAUUCCGCGGCAUUGGUCGCAAUUACCGCAUUGCCAAGUGCACAGCUGCUAAAUGUGCUCUGCGGCAGCUGAAAAAGAUGGGCCUAAUAAACAAGCGUCGCUAAUGCGGUUUUGUCUGGAUAUUCUGGGUAAGUUACCUAUAUGUUAAUCCGCUUCGGGUCGAUAAUAUUUACAGUUCCUUAUAAACGUAUAAAAUAGUCCAGCUUAUUUCCUGCUACAUAUUGCAUCGAAUUGGUCUAGUCAUCGUGUAGGAUUUAUGUAUUGCCUCUGUUUUGAUAAAAUGUUGUACAUAUACCUGACAAAACAGACGCAUUCCAGCAACAAAAGCAACUUUUUAAGAUUAACAUAUACAUAUAUAGGUACUUGGGCUGCCGAACAAUCGAUGACUGCUAUUAGUUUGUGAAGGAAAAUAAUCAUGACAAAAUUGUAAACGGCUGGGCUGGAACAUGGGCACACGUACUUAUUAGAGCGUACUAAACAAACUUCAAAUGUGUGAAUCUUGAGGGAAAUAAUGACCCUUAUUCUGCGCCACGCGUAAGGCGACGAUAGUCUAGUCACCCUUCCGGUAGUCGAUGUAAGUGAGUAAUGUAUGUGAUCCUCACCUAAAGCGGGCCAUAGACUACACAAAUGGCUUGGGCAAAUUCGAUGAUUCCACGAGGAUUGUUUGAUCUAUGCUCGCCCACACACGAUACAAACAAAUUUCGCGCGAACACAAACGAUGGCUAGCGAAAACAGCAAAAGCAACAACAAAAACCACCUCCACCCCGGCUGGGACUGAUUAAAUGGCCUGAAUUUUGUACAAACAGCACCAUACACGCAUGCCACAAAGAGUGGUUUGUACAAAAUAUUUCGAUCCGGACCGAUUUUACUCCAACCGUUUGCGCGCUUAUUCAAGCAGUACCAUACAGGAUGCAAAUCGUGUUCACAGCGACAGAAUGUCAUCGAAUUUCAUCGCAUUUGUACAAAUGUGGUGUAGUGUGUGGCCCGCUUAAUGCGACUCCAUAAAUCGAGUGACUCUGGUGACUCGGCUAUCGUCACCCCACGCGCGGUGCAGAAUAAGGGCCAAUAUCGUAAGAAUUAAUUUUUAUUUACCAGUACUGUUACAAACGUGUGAAUCUGAAGAUAAAUCAUACCGUAAGAUUUAAUAACGA